AUGGCUUCCUCCAGUUCCAUCCAACGCAAAGUAGUGACGGAAUUCCCCGGCGUCAUCCGCGUCUACGACGACGGCACCGUGGACCGCCUCCGCGACACCGACUUCGCCCCGCCCUCCUCCUCCUCCCCCGACGCCGACGGAGUCUCCUCCAAGGACGUCGUCAUCGUCCCGUCAUCCAACUUCUCCGCCCGCCUCUACCUCCCCCGCCGUCAUCGCCCCGCCGCCCUCCACCAGAAAAAACUGCCUCUCCUGCUCUACUUCCACGGCGGCGCCUUCGUCGUCGCCUCCGCCUUCUGCGCCAAGUACCACCGCUACGUGUCCCGCCUUGCCGCCGAAUCCCAAUCCGUCGUCGUUUCCUUCGACUACAGGCUCGCCCCCGAAAACCCGAUCCCAGCCGCGUACGAGGACUCCCGCGCGGGCCUCCAUUGGGCCGAAUCUCAUCGGGCCCGAUGCGGGCCCGAUCCUUGGUUAAACGAGCACGCCGAUUUCGACCGGGUUUUUUUAGUCGGCGAUAGUGCCGGGGCUAAUAUCGUCCAUAACUUGGCGAUGGGCCUUCACCGUGGACUUUUGUUUGGGGCUGCUUUGGUGCAUCCGUACUUCUGGGGGUCCAAGCCCAUUGGUUCCGAACCUAGUUUUCCGCAGCCCGAAGUGAGAGCUGCGGCGGACAGGUUGUGGCCGUUUAUUUGUCCGUCGAACCCGGACAACGAUGACCCGCGGGUCAAACCGGAGGCUCCCGGUGGACCGGGCCUGGUGGGCCUGGGCUGCAGGAGGGUGCUGGUCUGCGUGGCGGAGAAGGAUUUGCUGAGAGAUAGAGGGCGGCUUUACUACGAAACGUUGGGGCGGAGUGGAUGGGUGGGAGUGAGAGAGGUUUUUGAGACGGAAGGGGAAGGCCAUGGGUUCCACUUGUACGAUUUGGAUGGUGAGAAGGCUAGAGCUUUGAUCAAGAGGAUGGCGGCUUUCUUCAAUUGCACCAAUUAA